GAUUGUCUUUUCUUUUAAUCUCCCCUAUUUAUUUUCAAUGAAAGAACAUAUCUCCAACUAUUAUUAUUAAUUAAUCUACAGUUUGAAUCUUCUUGUAUCUUCUCUUCUAUUAAAUCUGAGCUUGAAACCCCUUCACGUGGGAGAGAGAAAGGGAGAGAGAGAGAGAGAGAGAGCUGUUGUCUUUCCAUGAAAAUACCAAACCCACUUAGCUCUAAUAAUUCAAAAAAGAACAGAUCUCACUUUCUUUCCUAAUUUCUAAAACCCUAACUCAAGUUCCAAAUUUUGUCGGAUCAAAGGAAAGAUUUAUGGAUCUCGAAGAUUGGGAAUUACUCUCUAAUAACAGCUUCAAGGAUCUUGAUCAUGACGAGGAUCAUCAUGGAGCGGUGGUGAUGGAUUACUUCCUCUGCCCAUCAUCAACUCAAGAUCCUCCUCCAAGAUCCAUAGUGGUCCCCAAAAAGCUUAUCCAAGUUCCCAUAGCUUGGGAACCCGUGUUGGAUCAAGACAACACCAAGACACCCAACAACCCUGGUCUUGAUCCGGAUGAUUCAAAACAGACCCUUUCGACGGACUCUGUUCCGUCACCUAGAGUUUCCUUCAAGAUAACGAAGGAGACUGAAUUUGCCGACAUGAAAAUUGAUCCACCAUCGAGGAUCACGAGUCCUCUGCCUCAGAUCGAUGAUGAUGAUGAUGAUUUGUCGAAACCCACUGCUUUAGAAGGAGGAGAUGACGUACGAUACAAGACAGAAGUUACUCUUGAGGAAGAAGAUAAUGAUAUUGAUGGUAGUAAUAAUGGUGAGAGAUUGAAUCUAUGGAAGGCUGGUCUCAACGGGAUUGGAGCUAUUUGUUCUUUUGGUGUCGCAGCUGCUGCUGCUACCGUAUGUGUCUUCUUCCUCGGACACAACAACAAUAUCAAGAUUUCUAAGAACAAGAACCAGAUGCUAAGGUUCCAGUUUUACUCCGAUGAUAAUAAGAGGAUGAAAGAAGUAGUGAACCAUGCAACAAAGCUCAACGAAGCAAUAUUUGGAAUGAAAGGUGUUCCAGUCGUAAGAGCUCAAAUAUCUUUUGGGGGUUACUACGAUGGACUUUGAUAUUAUACGAGUAACGAGUCUGUCCAUCCAUGCCCACAAGCUUCAUUACAUGUUCAAUAGUAGUAGUUCAUGGUACUUGAAUGGUCCUAGUGUAAAUAAAUAAUUUUUGUACAUUAUAUUAUUUUGUAUAUAUGCAUGUAUUGUAAAUAAAUCAUUUUGAGA